UCAUCGCUGCUCAGGUUUGAUCGGUUCUACUUCAUUUUGCAGGAUGAAGGUGUGAGGAUGACUCCAAAUGCUCAGGAGGUAAACGCUGCACCAAAUACGUUUUACUAAAAAUAAUGUUAAAAUGCAGCAUGUGACCGAAGGAGGACAGAAACCUGACCUCUGUGUCCGUCAGUCCGUCAGGUGCAGCGUCUCGUCCUGCAGCUGCGCCUGUUUUAAACCCGGAAAGGUCAAGCUGAGGUCAUGUGAUCGCUGUGGACACGGCUGGGUGGAGCACGCUCUGGAGACGGUCCAGGCCGCUCCGCCGUCCGGCGCCGGCCCGGUGGAGGUGGCGCUGCCCGGGCUGGUGUUCGACCUGAGCUCCCUGGUUCUGUUCGGAGCGCAGGCCGUUCCCGUCCAGCUGAAGAUCCUACUGGACCGGCUCUACAGCGUCCUGACUCCAGAGCAGGUGGGUCAGAUUCUGAACGGUCUGGGCUGGAGUCUGGGUGAUUACGUCCGCGGAUACAUGCUGCAGCGUCCCGAUGGCGAGGCGUUGGAGCGCUGGGACACGGCCACCGCCCAGGAGCAGCUGCUGCUCCUCAGACAGUUCCUGCGCUUCGGAGAGACUCGGCCCAUCGUGGAGGAGAUGAUCCUGCAGCACCUGGAGGGCGAAGCGCUCCUGCCUCACCAGCAGCCAGACGCUCCGCUGAAUGACUGGAGAAUCGGUUCUCUGAGAGACGCCCGGCCGGCGGACAGCAGCGCUGCCUCAGGAAACGUCCCAGGAGGCCAGUCGGUGCUCCUGCCGUUCCAUUUCCCACAGUCAGCCGUCUUCAGCUCAGCACAGGUGAUGAUUCUUGUCCCUUCAUGUAAAGAUCCAGAGCAUAUUUUAAAUUUGCUCCUCCUGUUUCUGCAGGAAGCUUUUCCUUCCCCUGAGUCUCAAACCGUCCUGCAGGACUUCAGGAAGAACAAACUGGUUCAGAAACACGACAGACAUCGAUGUGGGGAAGACCACGGCUCGGUCCGGCAGAGAUCAGAACCGGCCUCGUCCAUGAAAACCGACCCGGACAAGUCAAAUCCGUCACCGUGGCAACAGAACCCCAUCCUCCACCACGACCGGGUUUUCCUCCAGAAGAGACUGAUCCAGGAGAAAACUGCUUCCUUUUCCUCUUCCUUCAACUUCUCACUUCCACCUUCCUCCCUGAUGUGUUCUCCAGUCCCCUCCUCUUCCUCCUCCUCCUCCUCUCGCCUUCCUCAAACGCUUCCCUCCUUCUCCUCCUCUUUCCUCAGGCCUCUUCACUCCUUUUCUUCCCCUCUCCUCCCUGUUACGUCGCCGUGUUCGUCCCUCCAUCCUCUCCCGUCUUCCCUUUGCUCCUUCCCUUCCCUCCUGGCGGCUGGAGGGCGGAGGGGCAGGGUCAGCUGUGGCGUCUGUGGGAAAAGCUUCUAUGACAAAGGAACCCUGAAGAUCCACUACAACGCCGUCCACCUGAAGAUCAAACACCGCUGCACCGUUCUGGGCUGCUCCAUGGUGUUCAGCUCCCUGCGCAGCCGCAACCGGCACAGCGCCAACCCGAACCCGCGGCUGCACACGGCCGGCAGCAGAGACGCUCAGCCGUACCGAAACACGCUGUGUGGGCAGAGCAGCGCUCACGCUCCAACACAGAGACACCGAGAGAAACAGGAAACACAGGGAAGCAGGAACGAUGAUUCCUCUCACAACGCGCCUCGGGAAGCCGCCUCCCCGACUCCGCCUCUCGUCCCUCCAGCUCCGCCCUCUGGGGCCUUCCCGCCCUCAGGGGCCUUCCCGCCCUCAGGGGCCUUCCCGCCCUCAGGGGCCUUCCCGUCUUCACUUACUGACCUGCAGACUGGUCAGCAGUGGUGGCAGAAGAAUCAGUCCUUACCACAGAAGAAGAAACCCAGGAAGUCAAGCAUGCCACUGAAAAUAGAAAGAGAGAAUAUUCAAAGCAGCAAACAUGAAGGCGAGAGCUGAAAGACUCUGAAAUCUUGUUUUCAGUAAUAAAAAAUUGAGCAGGAGCUUCAGUAUGUCACAGCUUUGAAAUGAUUCUGAAUUCACACAUUUUUGCACUUUUACAAAUAUGACGUACUUUGUGUCCACUGGCUGUAUUUACUUGUAAUUAUUCAAUGAUAAACUUCAUAUAUCACACCUGAAACUCAUUUUAUAAACCUUUCAUCAAAUUACCAACUGCUAACUUAAUACAAAAAUUCAAAUUUAGGAUUUAAUGAGAAGUGAAAGUGCAAAGAAUCAUCUUCAUACUUUGUUGUUACCAUGGCGACCAUCAGAUGCUGUCAGUAAUCUUUGUGUUUGAGCUGAGUUUGUUCACAAAUGCAUCAGCAAAUAAAACCUAAUUAACAGUGAUUGUUGUGUUAGCUCGACCAAUUAAGCUGCUCCGUCUCCCAGAUUUCACCAAAUCUAUAUUUAAACACUGUUAGUGAUGCUGAUGUUCUUAGUAGGAAGAGGGGCCUCUAAAGCAGAUUCUGCCUCAGG